UUUUGCAUAAGCAGGAAAGUUUUCUGACAAAAACAAUUGCAUUUUUGUGAACAUGAAUGUUCUCCUUAUCAGCUUCUAAAGGCGCUGAAACAGAAGCUUCACGAGAAGGAGGAGGUGCUGCUGGGAAAAACCCAGGUGAUUGAUGUUCUGCAGGGAGAGGUGGACAGCAGAGAUCAGGACAUAAAGGAGCUGAUGGAACGUCUGCGCCGGCUCCAAGUGGAGCGCGAGAGCCUGGAGUCCAAGAUGGAGGCGGAGAAGCAUGUGAUGCGAGCGCAGCUUCGAGACCUUAUGGAGAAGCAGCAGACAGAGGUGCGGCGAAUGACCAAGCAGCACGAAACACAGGUGGACCAAAUCCAGCAGGAGCAGCUGAGGCAACUGCAGGGGCUGAGGAGAGCCUUGUCGGCGGCAGAACUGCCCCGUCAGGACGCUGCAGACCCCACCUCCGUGCAGCGGCUAGCCGAGCUGGAAGCUCAAGCCAAGCAGAAAACGGAAGAAGCCAGCAAAUCUGAGGCCAAGUUCCUAAAAAUCAAAGCUUGGUCUAAAUCUAGGAUUCGACAGCUGGAGGAGGAGUUGAAAAAGAGUCAGGCUGGAGCUGCCCCACCUGACCUGAUGUCCCUUCGAAGACGAAUCACAGCACUUGAGGAGGAAAGGGAGGAGAUGCAGUGGAAGGUGAAGCAGUAUGAGGAACUAAAAGUGCAGAAUGGAAUGCUUGAGGCCAAGUUGGUGUUGUACGAGGAGCAGCAGAGAACGCUGCAAGCAGAGCUGGAGCAGUUCACCAAGAGAACUGCGUCUCAGGCCAGUGAAUCUGGCAGUGCUGACGACACCCAGAGCCAGGUGCUGGAGUGGCAGGAGAUGGUGGCCGAGGCCAUCAGUGCCAGGGACCGGGCCCGAGAGGAGAAGGCGGCCAUGGCUCUCCGGAUCAGCCACGUGGAGGAUGAGAGAGAGGCUCUGACCACUCGGCAGCAGGAGUUGGAGGAGGAGCUGGCUCACACUCGGGGGCUUGGACAACAUGGAGCCAGGAAGCUGGCGGCGCCAUCCGGGGGAAGCCUUCAGGAUGAUUUCCAGUUUGAUGGACAGACCCCCUUCUUGGACCCACAGAGCCCCUCUGAGAACACGCCCCAUAUGGAGGGAGAGAACAUGGGAGGUUGGUGGCCCGAGUACAGUACCCCCGACACAGGUGGCCUGCGGUCUUUGGUGGAGGAGCUGGAGCUAGAAAGGAACCAACUGCAGGAGCAGAUUUUGAGUCUGGAGGAGCACUGCCAAGACCUGGAGGAUCGCCUGCAGCUGCAGGCCCGAAUUGAAGCCCUGCAGCAUGAAUCAGAGAAACUCCAGACCCAGCUUGCCAGUGUUCGGAGCCAGCAGAGCAGAGAAGCCGAGAAGCACCAGCUCCUGGUGAACAGCCUGACAGAGCAGCUCAAAGGGCUAAGUAACACCCAGGAGAGCCUGGAGACGUCUCUCAUGGAGAAGGAGCACAAGCUGGCAGAGACUUCAGAGAAGAUGGAGCUCAUCGGCAGCCUCAGGGACUCUUUAAUGGGAAGAGAGCUCCAGUGCAAAGAGCUGUCUGAGAAGCUGCUUCACAGCGAGCAGGAGCGGGAGAACGUCUCCAAGAAGUACAGCAGCUCAGAGAAACAGUGCAUUGAGCUGAGGGCCGAAGUGGCAGACCUCCUGCAGAAACAGAGUGUGCUGAAGGAGAAGGCACAGAAACAAGAGGCUGUCAUAGAGGCAUUACAGGGAGAGCUGGACCAGACCAGCGAGGAGUUGGACAAACUGAACACAACCCACCUAGAGGAACGGGCCCAACUCAUCCACAACCUGCAGAGCUGUGAGAGGGAGAUGGAUGCUCUAAGAGACGCUCUGUCAGAAAAAGACAAGGAGAUCUCAGGCCUGGCUGGAAGCAUGGCCGAGUACGCGGAGCAGCUCUCUGUUUUGAAGCAGGACAUCGGGGCGAAAGAGGAGAGUCUGGUCCAGCUGGAGAGCGCUUUGAACAGGACUGAACAGGAGACCCGGGUCCUGAGAGAGUCGCAGAGUUCGGACCAGAACACUCUGAACAACAGGAUCACCGAGCUGGUCGACAAACUGAAGGAGGCAGAGGCGGAGUCACUGACAACCAAAGAGGAGAGAGACCGGAAAGGGGCGGAGAUAGAACAGCUGAUGAAGCAGGCCCAGGAGGACAAGAAGACCAUUCAGCACCUCCAAGGGGAGAUCCAGAAAGAAGUGAUCAACCAUCGACACCAUCUCUCCGAAUGUGAAACUCAAAUCUCUUAUCUUAAGAAACAGCUGAGUCAGAAGCUGCAGGACUCUGAAGAGCUACUUUCACAGCUCAGAGGCACAAACGGAAACACAGAGAAGCUGCGGCAGGAGAUGAAGGAGAAGGAGCAGGCACAUGAAACUGAGCUGAAAGCUUUGAAGGAGGAACAGAACAAACUUUUGGCUCAGGUGGAGGCUUAUAACAGCAAAGUGCAGCUGUUGUCUGAACAGUUGGAACAGCAAAAGCAGAGCGAGGAGCUCAUGAAAGAGGCGAUGGAGAACAUGGCUCUGCUGGAAGAGAGACUGAGGACCAGCAAGGAGUGCUCUGAAGAUGACAGGAGGACCUUCAGUGUUGAGCUACAGAGCCAGGAGUCAGAAAAGGAGAGACUGAGCCAAGAACUGAGCAGGAUGUCUGAGACCAUCUCUGAGCUCAAGAGCCUCUCAGACAGCCUGUCGGUUGAGAAGCAUCAGCUGGAGGAAGCUCUUAAAGAGCGGAACAAAGAACUGGACCUGCAGAAGCUCAGUGUGAAAGGCCUCAGUGAAAAGCUUUCAUCGGCUCUUCAACUCAGCAGCAGUCUGGAGAGCCGAGUUUGUCUCCUCACAGAGCAAAACGAGCAGCUCCAGGUGGAGGCGGCUGAACGCGCACGUGAAGUCACAACAGAGGUGGAGAAACUGCAGUCGGAAAAUAACAAAAUCCUUCAGCAGCUGCAAAGAGAAAAAGAGGAACUGACUGUUGAAGCCCGUCAGCUGAGUCAGGUUCUGGAGCAGAAGUCUCACGCCAACUCAGAGGUCCUGCUGGCAAAAACGAACGAGUGCAGUCAUCUGAACCGGUUACUGAAGGAACGGGAGGACGAGCUGGUCCAGCUGCAAGAGCAACUCCAAAGCUUGAGCUGCACGUCGGAGCAGCUGCAGCUCAGCCUCACAGAGAAGGAGCAGGCCGCAGCACAAACUCACAGAAAGCUGGAGAGCCUGCAGGCUCAGCAAUCACAGUUCGAGGAGACGCUGUCUCUGCUUAGAGAGCGAGAGUCCAGCCUGCAGAUUGCCCUGACCCAGAAGGAGGACGAAAAUCUCCGUUUAAAAGAGGAAAGAACCGAGGAGAGGAGAGCUGCAACUCAGUCACAAAGCCAAGAGAUGUCUCUGCUCAGGGAGCAGCUCCACGAGAGAGACGAGGCGCUGAGGAGCACAGAGCAGCAGUGUCAGCUCUACAAGGAGCAGCUGAACGAGAAAAAUGAAAUCUUGAAGUCUACAAAGAACCAAUUGGGAACUCUGGAAGAACACGCUGGAAAGCUGGAGUCUGAGGCAGAGGAGAAGAAGAUGGAGCUGACUGCUUUAAGGAGCCACAUCCAGGCCGCCACUGAGGAAAACCGCCAGCUUCGUGCUGCCAGUGAGGCCCAGCAAAUGCAGCUGACUCAGCAGAAUCAGGCUGUGUCAGAUCUCACAGAGCAGCUCAGAGCCGCCCUGGAGCAGACCUCCACUCUCAGUCUGCAGCUAGGCUGUCUGAGAGAGAACCAUCAAAGACUACAGCAGGAUUUGGCUACAAACACCACAUCUGCUGCUGAACUGAGGCAGAAGACAAACGAGUGUGCAAGUCUUUCACUGAGCCUGAGGGACAAAGAGGAGCAGCUCCUGAGUCUGCAGGAGCAGGUCGGUCAGCUCAUUGGGGCUCUAAAGGACAAAGACAAGACUAUGUCAGAGCAGAGGACACAGCUGGAGGUUCAGCUGCAGCAGCAUCAGGACAAGGCCGCCAUGCUCCAGGAGCAGGUUUCCAUCCUUAAGGCCGGCCUGAUGAAGAAAGAGGCCAAGUUGCAGCAGAAAGCUGACGAGUGGAAUGUCCAUCAAAAGGAGUCUGAGCUGCAGAAAGAGCUCCUGUCAAAGAUGCACCAGGAGGUGGAGGCGCUAAGGCAGCAGUGCUUGGAGGUGACCCAGCAGAUGGAGCACAAGGAGCAGGCUUUAAGACGGGUUACAAAUGAGUUUCAGAGCCACAAAGACGAGCUGCAUAAACGAAACGAGUCCGUCCUCUCCCUGAGCAGUCAGCUGGGAGCUAUGAACCAGAGCGCAGCAGAGCUGGAAGCUGAGAUCAGCCGCCUCAAUGCUGCUGUUCAGAAACUUUCUGCAGAAAACCUCCAGCUGAUGCAGGAGGAGGAGCGGACAAGGGCAGAGAUGACUGAAUUCAAAGACCACAUUCAAGUACUGAAUGAGCAGAACGCCAGAUUCAAAUGUGAGCUUCAGAAGAUGGCGCUGGAACUGACGGACGGGCGCCACCUUAUCACACAGCACCAAGCAGAAGUCCAGCACAGAGAAGAUCAGCUCGGAGAGAAGGAGGAGGCCCUGAAGCAGCAGGAGCUUCUGAACCAGCAGCUCCAAGCGGCGCUGGCUGAGCAGGCGGAACAGCUCAGACGGGCGGCAGAUGAAGAUGUCUGCUUACAGAGGUUGAACUCUGAGCUGGAAGACUCGGCCUGUAGACUGCGAGGUGAAGUAGACAGACUCACCUCAGAGUCUUCCGCUCUGAAGAACAUUUUGGAGCAAAAGGAGCAGUUAAGUCUCCAGCACCAAAGUCGGUCUUCUGCCAUCGUAGAAAAUCUGAGCUCUUGUCUAGGAGCAAAAGAGACGGAGUGCCUAAGCUUAAAAGAGCAAACUCUACAUCUGGAAGAGUCCGUCACGAAGCUCAACAACCUGCUGCAGGGGCAGGAGUGUGAAGCACAGAACCUCCAGAAGACCCUCCAGGAAAAAGAAGCUCAACUUUUGGAGCAAACAAAGUCUCUGGAGGAUGCUCAGAGGAAAGCAGAUGAAAGCGCUGACAUGGUGUUGCAGCUUCAGGAACAAGCCCAGGUCUUUUCUACUGAAAUACAAAACCUCAAAGUCUCCACAGAGGAAGCACAAAGUGCCUUCAGCCGGCAGCGUGACGAAUACCACGCACAGUUAGAGGACAUGAGAAACCAGCUGGCUGAGAGCAGCCGAGAGGCCUUCAGUGUCCGUGCUCUUUCAGAUGAGGCGAGCCGCGAGCGUCAGGCGGCAGAAACCACAAUACAAACUCUGAGAAACCAAAUAUGUGAGAUACGGAGCCGACUCCAGGACGCGGAAACCUCCAAAGCCAGUCUGUCUCAGGAAAAGGAGGAAGCCUUUGCCUCCCACCGCUCCAGCGUUGCUCUGCUGACCGUGGAAAUAGAAGAGCUCCGAUCCCAACAUCUUCAGGUGGUGGCGCAGAUGAACGCGCUGACAGAAAACCUGGAGCAGAGAGAGAUGGCUCUCCACGCCAUAAACAGUCAGUUCACGGCCCAGGCCAAAAACGCCUCUCAGCUGGUUUUGGAGAUGAAGAAACUCCAGGAGGAAAACCAGAAGCUGAGCGAGGAGCUGAAGCUGUCGAAGGAGGAGCAGCAGAGGCUCCAUGCCUCCCUCAGCAACAAAAACCUGCUUUUUCAGGAGGAAGUAGAAAAACUGCAGGGUCAGGUGGAGCAGAGGACCAGCAGCAUGAAGGAAAUGGAGUCCGAGAGGAUCAGCCUCCAAGUGCAGGUUAGUGCCAAAGAUGAAGAAGUGUGUGGGUUAAGAGAAAACAUUCAAAAGCUAGAACAGGUUCUGCAGGAUUCUGAGAAAGAGUGGCUGCUAGUUCUGGAUAGAGAGAAACUACAAAAGAGUCUUCUCACAGAACAGCUGCAGAGCUUUGAGAACCAAAUGAGGGCUAAAGAUGUUACAGUAAAUGCUUUGAAACAAGACUUGGACUGUUUGCAGGAGAGGCUGGAAGAGGCGUCAGCUGCAGUGAGGCAGGGCUCUGAUCUUCUCUGCGCCAAAGAAGCCGAGGCAGCCGCUUCCCGAGUUCAGCUCCACGAGGCUCUAGCAUCCAUGCAGGAGGAGGAGAGGCAGAGGCACAGUCUGCAGCAGACUCUCACUGCUGUGGAGGAGGACUUGAAAAGGCUGCUCUCAGGGGGAAGCGGAGCCAACAGGAUCACGGACGAGCCCCCAUCCUGCUCUGAAGGAUCAGCUUUGCAGGAUCUGAUCAAACAGGUUCAAGCUGCUCAUCAGGCAGAAAUAGUCGCUGUUAGAAGUGAGUUGGCUGAAACGUGUUCACAGCUGCAGAAAGCUCAGACUGGCCUUAGCAAAGGAGCCAGAAACCAUCAGCACAUCCUGCAGCUGCAGGAAACCGAGGAGCGUUUACGCGCUCAACUUGAUGCUGAAGCCGAAAAACUGAAAGAAGUUUCUGAAAAGUACUCGUCUGAGCACUCUGAAUUGAGAGCAAAGGAGGCACACAUCAGCUGCAUGACGCUUCAGAUCAGUCAGCAGAAAGAACUGCUUGCUGCUCUCAGUCAGCAGCUGAAGGAAAAGGACGCAUCCAUCGCACUGGUCAUCGAAGCUGCUGCCAACGAGAGGAUAAAGCUGGAGGAGGAGAACCGCUCCCUGCUCAGACGGUUGGAGAGUGUGGACCAAACACACCAAGCCUCAGUCCAGAAGCUGGAGGAGAUGUCUCAGCAGCUGGAAGAACAUGCUUCACACUCCCAAAGUGAAAUAGAGAGGAAAAACACUGAGAAGACUGAGCUGAUGAAGGAGAAGGAGGAUCUUCAGAGCCAGCUUGCAAAGGUGUCUAAAGACAAAGAGGUGAUAAAGAAGAAGCUUCAGGCAGCUCUCCUAGUGAGGAAAGAUCUGCUGAAAAGAAUUGAUGAGUAUGAAAAGCAGAAAUGGGAGGGGCAGGAAGCUCAAGCAGCAGCUCAGAUGUUGGAAGAAAAGCUUUCUGCUCUAGAGAGGGAGGUUCUCCAAAAGGAGGAACAAAUGUUUGAGAGCAAACGACUUAUGGAACAGUUGAUGUUAGAAAAGCAAUCUGCUUUAAAUGAAAAGGACUCCAUCAUUGAGUGGCUGCAGUCCAGCCUUGAUGCUGCAUUAGAAGAAAAAAACUGUCUACAGCAGAGACUUGAAGAGCUUCAAAACGAAAUCAAGACUUGUAAAGAAGAUUUAGCGGAGCGGUCUUCCUCUGCUUUGACGUGUGCGGAUUUGGAAAACGAGCUGGAACAGAUAAAGUUGGAAAAAGGGUCUCUGCAGAAGAAGGCUCAGGCUGCUCUGCUGGCACGCAAAGAGAUGAUGAAAAAAGCUCAAGAAGAUGAGAAAAAACUUAUCCAAGAGGUGGCAGAUCUAAAAGACGACUACAAAUCUCUUCUGGAGCAACACUGUCAGCAGACAAAUGAGCUGAACUCCCUCCAGCUGAACCUGGAUGAAAAAGUCAAGGAGCUGGAGGAGCUCUGGAAAACCUUUUCAUGCCACCAGGAGGAGCAGGACGCUUUAAAACGGCUGGUUGAAGAGAAGGACACAGUUCUGCAGGAGUUCCAGCUGUCUUUGAUUAAAAGAGAGAACCAGAGCCCAUCGGUGUCAGACCUGCAAACCCGGCUGGAGGCUGUCAGGGUUCAAUUUCAAAGUGUUUGUCUGGAUGUGGAGAGAAAAGAGGCGGCUCUCAAAGGGAUGGAAUCUGAACUUCGCCUAGUUUGGAGUGACUUGGAGAAAUGUCGAGCAGAAAUCCAGAAGAAGAAAGAAGAGAUGGAAGAGUGUGAGAAGUCACUGAGGUCUGCCCAUCUGAAGGAGCUACUCCACCAGAAGCCAACUCAAGAUGAGCAGCUGAGCAUCUGCUGGGAGCGUGCCGAUGAGGACAGGGGGGCUCUCCUGGAGCAGAGGGAUCAGCUGAAGGUGGAACUCGACGCUGCCCUGGCUUCAGUCUCUCAGAAAUCUGCAGAGGUUUUGACCCUCCAGGGUCUGCCAGCUGAAGCUCAGAACCAGCUCAGUGAGGAACUUGAACAAAUGCGGCUGAAGGGUACGGAAACGCAAGCGAAAAUUGAUCAUUUACUGCAGCAAAACAAGGAUUCUCUCCAGCUGAUCUCUGAACUCAGACAUGAACUUUUCACGCUGAGGGAAGCUGAGAACAGAAACGAGCAGCUGCCGGAGAAGUCUGCAGAUGAACGAUGUGCUUCCUGUAAAAACACUGAAAACCAGUUAAAGGAGAAAGAUGUGGCUUUGUUAGCGUCUCGAGCUCAAGUAUUGGAGAAAGAGCAGCUGAUUGCUGAACUGGAACAGCAGCUCCAGAAGCAGACGAAAUUCCGUGAGCUUACAGCUGAGAAGAUAAAAGCAGAUACAGAAGGGCUUCAGAAAUCUGAAGAUGAUGACACCAGAAUGAAUGACAAGGAGACUCGGAACAAGAUGACUCUGCCAGCCAAGAAGCUCCAGGCAGCGUUGGGUUCUAGGAAGGAGCUCAUGCAGGAGAAUGUCCGACUGAAGGAGAAGCUGGAAACACUCUGUGCAGAGGAGGAACCAAAAGAAGCCAAAUGUCUGGAUCUGGAGUCAGCCGUGUCAAAGCUAAGGCAGCAGAACACAGACCUGGAAAAGUCUGUGGCAGCCAUCAAGUCAGAGAAAGACAAACUGAGCACAGAGGUUCACGGCAUCCUGAAUGAAAACCGCAGUCUGUCUGCAGCUUGUGACAGUCUGAAGCUGACUAUAGAGAACAUCACUCAGCAGAAACAAGCCUUCUCCUGCCAGCUCGAGUCGCUCAAAGACUCUCAAGCAGAGGAGCUUUCCAAGUGGAAGUCCAAGCAUGCAGAGCUGAAGCAGGAGUAUGAUUCUAUGCUGCAAGAUUACCAAAACCUGGGCGCCGAGGUGGAGGUUUUGGAGAAGCGAGGCCAAGAGGCAGAGAAAGAAAACCAAAGAGCCAACGAAAAGAUGCAGAGGUUUACCCAGGAGAAACAGCAGAAGAUAGAGGACCUGGAGGAAGAGAAUCGGCAACUUUCUGUGAUCAAUGGAAACCACAGAGCAACAAUGAGCGAACUGCGAGAUAAAAACCAGCAGCUGGAGGUGGAGCUUUUCCAGCUUAGAGAGUCUUUAGCAGAUCUGGGGAGGAAACUACAUGAGAUGGAAGCAAAAAAUAACCAGCUAAACGAAAGUCUCCAAGAAUCCAACCGUUUGUUGGACGAGAAAAGCUCAGAGUCUGACACAUACGCAAGAAACAUGCAUUUUAAGCUGGACGAAGCUCUGAGUUUGAAUAAAUCUCUGACUGCCCAGAUCAAAGCCCAGAAGACUGAACACGGCGCUCAGCUGGAAAUUAACAAGUUGCUGCAAAAAGAAAAGCAUAAUUUCUUGGAGAAAAUGGAGAAAAUACAAAGUGAUCAUAAACUGCAGCUGUCAGAAAAAGAUGGAACCAUCAAGGAGCUGAAGGAGAUCAUCAAUGUGCACAGACAGGAGACCAUCAGCCUGAAUGAGAAGGUUAGGAUCCUGGAAGACGAUAAGUCUCUCCUGCAGGAGGAGCUGGAAAACAUUCAGGACAUUUCUGAGAAAGUGAAAAACGAAAACGAAUACUUGGAAACGGUCAUACUGAAGAAUUCAGAAAAGAUUGACGAACUGACAGAGAAUGUCAAAUGUCUGCAAACCCAGAACGCACAGAUGUCUGCUCUGCUCACAGCCAUGAAAGAGGCAGGCGAGCACGUCCGACAGGAGAAGGAGAGGCAGCAGCUCAAGCUGGUUCAGGAGUUUGAGGAGAAAAUGAAGAAUGUCCAGAGAGGCAACGAAGGCUCCAAAAGCACCACCAGAGACCUGCAUGAGCUGCUCAAGGACAAACACCAGGAGAUCAAUCAGCUGCAGCACAACUGCAUCCGGUACCAGGAGCUCAUCUUAGACUUGGAGCGAGCCCUAAAGAACUCACAGUCAGCCCAAGAACUUCUGGAGAAAGAUCUGAAGAGACACUCUGACCAGAUGGUGGUUCUACAAGACAGAGCUGCAGAAGCUGAAGCUGAGCUGAACGUAAACAAGCAGCUCCUCAGAGAAGCUGAUGAGAAGAUUGAAGAGAUGCUCUCAGAGAGGAACCAGCUGGUUCCUGGAGCAUCACAGCCUGAAGAACAGCCAACACAGGGAACAAAAUCCCCUCAGAGGGACGGAGAGCCUAACUCUUAUGUAGAGAGUCACCUCCAGAACCAAAUAGAAAUCCUUGAAGCUUUAAAAGAUGAAGAGAUCCAACAAGUGGAAGAUCUGGUAAAGCAGCUGAACUCCAAAGAUCUGGAGAUCAACAGUCUGAAGAGAGCUGCUGAGACCAACCAUGCCAAACUGCUGGCUUUAUCGUCCAGUCCACAGGGGGCCGAGGCCACCAGACUGUGGAACGAGCUGUACCUGAAGAGCUUACACGAGAAGGACAGCCAGCUCCUGGAGCAGGGCUUCACCAUCUCAAGGUUCCUAGAGGACCUGCGCGGACAAGACAGGCAGGUGGACAACCUGCAGAUGACCAAAGCCCGACUGGAAAGGUCCCUUGGCGAGUACUCAGUGUCUGCAGCUGCGCAGCAGAGGCAGCUGUUGGUCAUGAGUGCCACCAACGCUGAGCUGACCCAGGCCAUGGAGAUGAUGGCGGCGCAGCUGGCGGGGCUCAGAGCUCAACUUGAACAGCUGGAACUAGAAAAAACCUUGCUGAGCCGUCAGCUCUCCGACCAGGAAGACACCGUCUCGCAGCUGAAGCUUCAGCUCCAGCAGACUGAGAAGAUGAAGGUUGACGCCGACGCCCAGCUGCUCCAAAUCCAGACUCAGCAUGACAAAGUCCAGGCUGAGCUGGAGAAGCAGGAGGGGAUUUCUCUGCAUCUCAAAACACUCCUUAAGAGCAAAGACGCUGAGAUCUCCUCCCUGCUGUCCAGCAGGGACGGUCAAAUGUCUGGAUACCUGCAGCAGCUGCAGGAGAACUAUCGCAGCCAGGCCUCCGUCUAUGAAGACAGGCUGGAUUCUGUGUUCCUUCAGAAGGAACAGGCCAGCAAAGAGAGCAGAACGCUGGAGGCCAAGCUCAAAAGUCUGCAAAUCCAAGUCAACAGAUCCCUGCAGGAGAAGGAGCAGAUGGGGGCGAAGGUGAGGGCCCUGAAGAACUCCCUGUCGUCUCUGCAGAGUGACAGGGAGCGGCUGGUGUCAGAAAACAGGAUGCUCCUGUCAAAGGCUCAGGGGGUGGGCUCUGAGGGGAGGGAUGGCUCAGCUGAAGGGGACCCGAGCAAAGGCCUGAAGCACGAAAUAAGGAAACUGUUGCACCAGAUGGAUGAUCUGAACUCUGAAAACGCCAUGCUAAGGGCGCAGCUGGUGCGCUACCGAGAGGACCUGAACCAGGUGUUAUCGCUGAAAGACAACCAGGUGAAGGUUCUGCUCAAGAAGCAGAAGAUUGCAGCUGAAAAGCAGCACAGGGAGGCCCAGCCGGAGCUUCACAAGGAAGAGGAGGCGGGCGGAGCUCUGCAGACGCAAAAUUCCAGACUCAAGGCUCAGGUGGCAAAACUGGAAGCUGAUCUUCAGGCUCAGAAGGAGCAGCUGACUUUGAGGGAUGAAGUCAGAGUCAUCGCAGAUCUGCAGUCAUCCGUAGCAGCCAAAGCAGCCGAAUGCAACAACCUCCAGCAGCAACUUUCUUCACAGAAAGUCUUGAUAGAUGAGCUGCAGGAGAAAGUGCUGCUGCUGGAAAAGGAGACACUCAGAAAACUGGCUGAGACUGAGAGAAGGAACCAGAGCCAGUUGAGCACUUUGGGGCGCGAGGCGGGACUCAUGAGAAACGAGCGGGAGACCGCCGACCGCAGGGUGGCAGAGCUCUCCAAAGAGCUGCUGCACUUGGAGCAGCAGGUAUCAGAAGCACAAGGGCAAAGCAAAGAGGCUAAAGCUCAGAACCAGAAUCUGUGCAAAGCCAUGGCUGCUCUGCAGAACGACAGGGACCAGCUCAUCCAGGACUUCAAGAUCCUCCGGAACAGGUACGAUGAGGAGCUCAGAGACGCCCUGGCCGCCUUGAACAAGGCUGAGCUCCAGCUGACCGACGUGUCCUCCGACCUGGCUGCCCUUACCAAACACAGGGACAUCCUCACUCAUAAGCUAAGGGCUUUGGAAAGCAAAGAUGCUCACAGCGAACUGGGCAGGUUGCUGGACGAGGUGUCCAAGGCCCUCUCAGAGAAGGAAAGGGAGCUGAAACGAGCGCUCCUGGAGAACGCCACCUUCAGCCGGCAGCUGUCUGCGUUCUCCAAAUCUAUGGCCAGCCUGCAGAAUGACCGCGACAGGCUGAUGGACGAGCUCCAUGGGGCCAAACGGGCCAUGGAGCUCAGACAAAGGUCAAGUCCAGAAGCAGAGUUAACCCAGAGCAUAGAGAAAGACGCAGCAGACCGAGUCCAGGAAGGUGGAGAGGCUGAGCCGGAGGCGGGGCUGAGGCAGGAACAGGAAGUCCACCAACAGGUGUCAAGCAGCCAGGAGGAAGCUACAGAUUUGAGGUCUGAAGCAGAAAGAAGGCGGGGCCUGCAGGCACAGCAGGACGCCGUUGCUUUAAGCUCUCACAGUGAGAUGGAAGAUGCGGUGAGUCGUCUGGAAGACGAGAGGAUGCAGCUCCACAAAGAUCUGAAGCGCUGCAUUUAUGAGGUCCAACAACGGGACCAGUACCUCCAGCAGCUCAGCGUCAGGCUGCAGCAGGCGGUGGAGGAGAAGGCUUCUGUCUCAGAUCAGCUGAAGGCAGUUUCCCAAACCCUGAGGGACACCCAGAACCACUGCCAACGCCUGGAAAACCAGAUCCAAGGACGGGCUCAGAGUCCGGUUUAUGUUGAGGUUGCUCCAGGAGCUCCCCAGGAGAAGAGCAACCACUCCCUGCUCAGCGACUCCUCUGAAGCUAGCCAGCUCAGAGAAAGGCUUCUGGAGAUGGAGCAGAGUCUGGCAGAGGAGAGAGGGAGGAGGGAGACUGCUGAGGAGGCACUGCGCCUCCAUGAGGACAGGCUGAAGAGCACUCUUGCCAGUCUGUCCAGAGAUGCUCAGAGGGACUUCAGCAUCGAGGUGGAGGGAGAGGACGAGUGGGAAGCUCUCACCAUCAACCCCAGCCAGCCUCUGAUCGCACAAAAGGUUACAGGUGGCAUGGUGGCCUGUCGACGCUGGAUCAGGGGGAGGAGCCUGUACUUCUCCAGACUGCUGACGAGCCGCGCCCGCUCUCGUUACUUCUUCCUGGCUUACCUGCUCACCAUACACCUACUGGUCCUCAUGUGCCUCACUGGUGCUUUGUAGCAGGGCGUGUGCACGUGGUAUAUGCACUGACAAUGUCAGGAGGAGGUUCAACAAGAGGAGACGCGCUCCUGCAGGACCACGCCCAGUCGGGAGCUUUGCUGCUGCUCCUGCGUUUGAGGGGUUUUUGUCAUUCCUUGAGAACUGAGACUUCAUAUUUAUUAUUUGGUUGCAUUCAUGUUAUUUCCCAAAAUCUGGUGGAGAAGUCGAGCCUUAAAUCCUGUUUCUCCUCUUCUUCUUCCUGGAUGAGAUGUGUGUGUUUCCAGGAGUUUUGGUUCCGUUUUCUGGAGGUGUUGCAGAGCAGACAUGGCUAACACUACAGCUCCACACAGACACCAGCUGCAGCCUCACCUUCACCCUCCUGCCUGAUUUCAUGAGUUGCACAUAAUCCAAAUGCUGACUUAAACUAUGCACUGAAAGCUAAAGGUGUAGAAAGUCAUCACCCCCACCUGCACCUCUCUCUCCCUUUAAAGCAGAAAGCCAAAGCUGAAUGUUCUGUUGGAAGAUCAGUAAAAACUGUAGAAUCCUCAGUGUUUCUGCACACUUUGUAUGAAGAUAAUUCUACUCUGCUGACUGUACAUUUUCCUCUUGAUUGUGUAGUUUCUACCAGAUCAGUUACUGUUUUUUUGUUUGUUUUUUUUUUCAUAAAACUACAUCAAUUUACUAACCAGGGAGUAGAAGGAUGUUCCAGAUGCUGUACAGAGAGAAGAAAAACACUGAAUCUAUUUAUGAGAAAAACUACUGACAGAAUGAUGUAUUUUCUCUACUGCCUCUACAAACAGAAGUUAUGCAGCCAAUGAGGCUGAUCUAGGUGCAAUACUGUCAGAGGUGAAUAUUUCCAUGUUUCUUCAUCUCAAACAUGAUGAAUAAAGACCAUCUGAGUCUCCAGA